GAAGUCGGGAAUUAAAUAAAAGUGUAGUAAUUAAAGUGCAGUAUUUCCCGUCGGCUCGUGCUAAGAUUCGAUCAUGAUUGCCGACGACAGUGGAAUAAAGCCCUUUGAUCCCAAGUUUGUGGCGUCCAAUCUGCAGAAUCUUCUGCGGUGCCCAAAAUGUUCAAAAUGUUUUACUUACUUAUACAAUACGAACUCUGAAGAAGACAAUCAUCGUCCCUUUCUACUGGGAUGCGGUCAUACUCUCUGCGAGAGCUGCUUGUGGAACGAUCGCCUGGAUCCGAAGUGCGCCGUGUGCCAUAGUCCAGCUCCUCCUACGAUUGUGGCCAAGAGAUCGGACUGCAAGUCGGUCGCCAAUUUGCGCGAUUUGUACGAACUAAACUACCACGUGCUGGGUAGGACCAGUAGCCUCAGCUACCUUCUGCCAUUUGCCAAGGACUCGGCAAACCAAUCGCUGAGCCCCAGUUCGAUCAGCGAGAUUGUCCAGACCGUCAAGUGCAGCGAGUGCGGGAAUGCCACUGCCAGCGGAGAGUGCAGGCAAUGCAAUGCCUUCUACUGCCGCCGUUGCUUUGAUGCUGUCCACAAACGUAGUCGCGUACUAAAGUCGCAUAUUUUUCGCAAUUCUACGGAACAGGACAGUAGUUUCAGCAAGAAACUCAGAGUGGGGGAUCAGUACUUCACAUUGCCGAGUCAGAACCUUUGCAUCCAUCACCGAAUGCCCAAAGACAAGUACUGUAUGAAGUGUUACCGAUCCCACUGCCAAAUUUGCUCCACCGUGCAUCAUAGCGGGCAUCGCAUACGGAAGCUAAUCGAGAUUAAUCAAAGCUAUGCUUCCGAGAUUCCCACGACUUUAAACUCACUCAACAUGGCUCAUAUUCAUGUCCUCAAUGGCAAACAGGUGGUUCAACGGGCCAAACAAAAACUAAACGACUAUGCCACCGAAACGUUGGCCAGCAUUUCGAAGCGAUUUUCCCACCUGCACGGCCUUCUCCAGGUGGCCGAGCUGCAGGUCAUUGAGAAGCUGCGCGAGUCCAGUUUGCCACCACAAUUGAAACUCAACGAAGCCAUGGGCCAGCUGAGUGGCUACGAAACUGUCAUCGAGCGAUUAACAAAGAGUUUAAACAGUGGAGUCGGCAACGACAUGGCCGUACCCAGAGACGUGUCGCUAAGAUGGCUGCUCAAGCUCAUUUGCGAACAUCUUGAGAAGAUUCCCACAACUGUGCAGGUCAGCAAAGUCGACGAAAAUCCUUAUCGCGUGACCUGUAGUCGAUUCAUGGACAUAUCCAACAUAUUCAAGUGUGAAUUCGUGAACCCCAAUAUACAAGUUUGUUUCAAGACCGACCUCGAGAUUAGUCGAAGCCUUUCAUCCUCGCCCAAAGGAGAAAUCACUUUUUUAACGUCUUCCAGUAGUAGCAAGGAAAACUUUGAUCCACAUUCACGCAAACUUUUAUUAGCCCAAAAUUCGAAACUAAAGAAAGCCACCCAAGUGUCGCAAAGCCAAAAGAAACGGGGUAAAAAUGCUACGGAGGUCGCCCAAUCCAGUCUAAAUUCAACUGCCGCCAUUAUCGAUGAGUUCCCAGCUAAGGAUCUAGAUUUUCUCCACAACUUCUCUUCAUUGGACAUCACCAAGCGCAAUAAGACGACUGAAGACAGCAGCGAUUGGUUCAAGACCGAUACACUGGUUAGGGUGCGCUCCGUACAAUCCCCGGAGGAUUUCUAUGUUCAAGGCAUCCAUGCCGCCCAGCGAUUGCGUGAGGAGCUGGAUACAUUUGCGCACACACUUUCGGACAGUUCCUCAGUUCCGCCGACUAUCGUGGUGGGCCAGAACUACAUUAUCCACCACAAAGAUAAGGAUCGAUACUAUCGCGCCCUGGUCAGCCAAAAGCUGACCAAUGAAAAUUUGUACAAUGUUUUUUUGACGGAUAUAGGCGUUCAUUUGCAUGUUCGUUGUUCGGACUUCCGUGUGGUGCCGGAACGUAUAUCCCACCUGCCGUACUCCGCAGUGCACUGCAGUUUAAGUGAGUUGAUGCCUAAAAAUGGUGAAUCCGAGUGGGAUAGUAAAGCCAGCGCGUUCCUUAAGCAGAUAGUGCAGAACAACCCCGUGCGCGUGAUCGUCAAGAAAGCUCUUACCUAUGAACUGCAUGGGGUGGACCUGAUCACCAGCAAUUACGAUACUAACAUCUCCGUGCGAGAUUCUUUCUUAUACUGUGGCCUGGCGAUCUCCCGCGACGGUGCCCCUCUAUGGCUGCCGCCUGCCCCUACUGCGCUUCGUCUACCCAGAAUAAGCUUCCGAUUCGGAGACGUCUACAUGGUUCAGAUGCUGCACGUGGAGGACCCACAGGAGUUUUACGUCAUGCGCCACGACUACGAGAAAAAGCGCUUAUGGUUGCAAUUCAGUCUGCAGGAAGCCAUGGAUCGCAUUAACAUUAGCCAAUUGCAAAACAUCUUUCUUGGACAGCUGCAUCUCGGUUGCGUCCUGCAGUCGGGUGGACAGUGGAAGCGAGCUAGCAUUGAGCAGAUCCUUCCCGACGGUUAUGUUCUCGUGCACCUGGUGGACGAAGGUCCAAGUCAGAAAGUUUUCUGGGAUCAAUUAUUUGUCCUCCCUCAGAAAUUUUGGGAUACAGGGCUAGCCAUUAAGUGCUGCUUGGCGGAUGUGGAGACCAGAGCAGAGCACUCCUAUACUUGGACUCCAGAAGGGACGACCCUUUUUAAACAGCUUACCUCGAAUCCAAGGCUUUACAUGGAUGUUAUUAGUUGCACGGAGGAUCUGGUCUACGUGUCAUUACAUUUCGAGCGCUCCAACUCGGAAACCACAAGUGUCGGAGUACAACUAGUGGCCCAUGGACAUUGUACAUCAAGUGGUGAAAGCAGUAGAAUGAUCACACCAACCGUAUCCAAUCGUUCUGUACGUUUUGAUGAGGAAACCAAAAAGUUUAUUGCACAGCAGAAGGUCCGGCCGGUGGAAUUGUCGCCUUACCGGAUGCCCGAUAAUACCGAGCGCAACAAACGAACAACUGUCAAUAUUCUUUAUGUUCGAAAGCCGGAUGAGUUUUACGUGACCUUGCCCCAUUUCCAGAAAGCCAUCAAUAACUUGCAGAAGUCGGUGCAAAAAGCAGCUGCCGCAAUGUACCAGAAUAUGUUGCCCAGAACCGAUUGGCAGGUGGGCGAUAUGUGUUACGCACGGGUUCAGGCCAAUUGCGAUUCGCAGGCUUUAUGGUAUCGUGGAGUCGUAACAGGAGUCAUACCACCUGGUAUUACUUGCCCAAUUGUACGAUACCAAGUGCAUUUGCGGGAUUUGGGUGAGCUGAUCGAUGAUGUGCACAGUUCUUCCCUGGCCAACAUCGAUGAGGCGGACAUGCGUAUUUCAAGCAGCGCAAAGCGUUGUCAUUUACACGGGAUUCGUCCAAUUGGUGAUGAAUGGUCCAAAGACGCCAUUGAUUUCUUUAUGGAUCAGUUGAAGGCAUAUAACGAAAUCCACGUGACGGGGCGUGGGCGUACAGAAAACUCUUUGAGCGUCAUCCUAUGGGGCUCCCUUUCCAUACUCACUGGACCAUUUUCGCCAGCUACUAUAAAGUACGUUAAUAUCAACAAGGCUCUUCUGAUGGCCGGAAUGGCAGAAAAGGAUCACAAUUCGGAUAGCGAAGACGACCAGCAAUCGAUGCCGGAAAAUGUAAGCGUUAACUCAGAAGAAGCUGCAAAAGCCAACGACUGGGAAUCCUGUUUAAGCAAAAUUGAUGGAACUUCUAAGACAAACGACUCAUUGAAUCUCAUUGAAUCACGAAGCGUGACAGUCGGCUUUGAGCACAACGAGGACAUGCCUCCACUAGCUCUGCUCGAGGAUUUAGGAAAUACCAAGAAUACAACUGGAGAGACAACACCACCUGCUGGUUGGACUACACGACGAAAGUGCGAUAAGUCCGUAUUCACGGCAAUUGCUACUAAUGUGACCUACGAAUGCUGCAUCUACUUGACUUUGGCCAGCGAUAAGCCCUUCAUCGAGCAUAUGGGCAACCUGCUGGUACGGGAAUACAAGCCACUAAUGGAUAAGCAAAAGGAGCGCUCUACCUCCUAUACUUACAAAGUGGGACAAGCGGUGGUGGUUACCUAUCACAUGGACAACAUGAUCUACCGAGGUAUAGUGCAGCGCCUGGAGAACAAUCAUAAUGAGUACACAGUCUAUUAUGUUGAUUAUGGCAACAUGGAGCUGGUCAAGGCGGAUGAAAUGCUUCCAUAUGCUCCGUUCCCGGACCUAAACGCAAUGUGCUUCCUGGUGGAAUUACACGGCGUGCGAUCUAAACAAGGAAAGUAUUCUUUAAAGGAAAUGGAUACGGUCCACCUGAAUUUGGUCAUGAAACUAAGCGGUGUGCGUAUUGUGGAUGACGAAACAGUUGGCCCAAAUAAGAUACCCAAAUGCCAGAUUAAGGUUGGUAAUGUUGACAUUGCCACCAUGAUGAUAGAUUCUGGCAUGUCUGUACCUAUCGAAAAGCAGACGAUCAAGAAUAACACAAAAUAUUUACCUUCCCAAAAAUUUCUCGAGGACUUUAAAGUCUUUGAUGAGCUUGACCACCUGGCCGCCGGGGAGGGAGAACUAUCAGACAAGGAAGCGCCUCCCACCCAACGUAAACACGAUAGCAUUUCAUCGGUUCAGCAACCACCCACUAAGAAAUUCCUGGUAGAUCAGGAGGAGGUAGAGGCGUUUGAGUGUGAUCAGGACUUUGAUUGCCAGCAAGCCGCACAGAAAAUGCACCUUAACAAUAAUUUUUAUCUCGGCGACUUUGGUAAGUACGCUGAUGAAACAACCGCUCGGGAUGAGGAUGAGCCCCACUCGAAUUCCUCUAAAAGUAUUGAUAUGGAAGUCUUUGCGAACGUCAAUGACAGUCAGUUGGAGCCCCUAAAUUCAUUCGCCACCGAACAGUUGAUCCGCCGUAUUGCACUGCGUCAACAGGAAAUAAAGGACAGCAUUACCUUUUCACCUAUUGACACCUCGUCGGUGAGGUCUUUUUACGAUGCCAGUGCGAGCUUCAAGACCCUGAGCCUUCCGAACGGAGUAAAAGAGUUCUACUGCACAGUGGACAAUGUACUGUCGGACACGGAGUUGCAGAUAGCCCCAUGUCUCUCGGAGUUCACAAAGCAUGAAAUCAGCCUGAUCCAGGAGACGAGCACUUUGAUCAAGGACGCGGAACCGCUGAUGGAGCCGAAGGUAGGCGACUUGUGUCUGGCCCGCUAUUCGAGAGACAAGCAGUGGUACAGGGCCAAUAUCAAGGAGAUUUCACCAAUCCUGUCUCCAACCAGUGAGCAAGUCACAGUAUUCUACAUUGAUUUCCAUGACACCGAAAAAGUUUCGUUUAACCACCUAAAAGUAAUGCCCAGUCAGUUGUUCAUGUUCCCGUUGCGAUCGUUCUGCGUCAAAUUGCACGGCAUUAAGAGAAACAAGAGUUUUAAAGAAAAAUCGGUGCGCCAGGCACUGCAGGCUUGCCUCUGCCAGCAUCCGCUGGUUUUCGCCCGGGUACACUAUCCUCUCAACUAUUACCCCAACCGCCCUAAUUGCGACGCUGAUCUCAUCGAAGUGGAACUUUACGAGAACAGGCACGAAAAAAAGCUAGUGUAUCAAUCUUUAUGUGAAAAUUGGAUGUUCCUGAAAAAAUCAUAAGGCUACGACUAAAGCCGCAUAUGAUGUAAGCCAUUUUCAGUUUCUAUUUAUUCAUUAGUUUACUCCUAUGCUACAUAAAUGAAUAUGUAUGUUUUACUUCAUAUUUUAAGUUUCAGAUGUUAUAAAAAACACGAAAUAUGUUUAUUCGAAUUUAAUGUCAUUAAGGCUACGGCUAAAGCCACAUAUGAUGUAAGCCAUUUUCAGUUCGUAUUUAUUAAUUAGUUUACUACUCCUAUGCUACAUAAAUGAAUAUGUAUGUAUUACUUCAUAUUUUAAGUUUCAGAUGUUAUAAAAAACACGAAAUAGGCUUAUUAAAAUUUAAUGUCAUCCUUUUUUGAUAAAGUUCUUGAAGUUUGAACUGAUUUGUGCUGUUAUCAGUGGUGUCAGUCGUCCAGCAACCAGUCCCGCAAAAGAAUCAAUAAAAGGCGUUGAUUGUUUUGUAAUUAUCCAU